AUGACGGGUCUCUCGACGCUCAUACAAUUCAGCAGCUUCUCAUCAUUGUGUGUCUGCAGUCACUCUUCUUGUUAUGGACUGAUCAACCCCUCGGAGUAUACAUGUACUCUGACGAAUCGUGCCAUUGAAGGUGGCCUCAUUAUAAGUCUCUCUGCCGCGGAGCUACGAACGUGGGCUCUGUGGCGCAGAGAAAAAAGAGUAGCGAUGGGGCUUGCCAGCAUAUUUAUCUCUUUACUACCCCUUGCCAUCGUCUAUGCGAACAAAAUUAGCGGAAAUAGCGAUAUCACCAUCGUUUUUGCGUGUCUCCUUGGAACAGAGACAAUCGCUUUUGUACUUACUCUGGCUAAAUUGCCAUGGAGGUCCGUACCGCUAACAGGCCACCUCAUUGCGGUUGUCUAUCGAGACGUCAUUGCUGAUAUAGAAAGUAAGGAUCUUGCUGAUAACACACCAGUGAUUUCACUCGUCAACAUUGUGACCAUUUUGAGGGCCCCAAACACAGUCUCAAAAUGCAUCUCUGACCUUCAGUACUUAGCACACACAAUACUCGUGUCCAGAGUCGUUCUCCACCUUCGUAAAGCGGGGUCCACAAGGGAUGUCGUGCACAUCACCGGAACAGGACCCGGAGACAUUGAAUUUGCCGUUAAUUUUCUCAAAUAUGUGUUGGCCAAUUCCAAUUUGCGAGAAACCCCCGCCACCUACUCUUCAUCAUAUUCCGCAAACGGUAUGAUAUCAACCGAUUCCUCAGGAGCGCGAUGA